AUGUGGCAAAAGGAGGCUUGGGCACCUCUCAAGGCCUACGCACUCCCCACCGUGCCCAUGGGACAUCUGCCGAGCACAAGAAGUAUUUAUAAGAUUAAAAGAAGAAUAUCUUUAACAGCUAAUGUUUACAGAUCUCAAGGGCCUCAUAUUCAUGGUGUCAUAUACUCCCUACAACAACCAUUGCAGUGUCUCCACUGUGCCCAUGUUACAGACGAGGAACUGGAGGCUAAGAGUAGCUGCGUGACUUGCCUAAGUGUCCAACUCACGGAGUUCUUGGAAGUGGAGAACCAGGAUGACUACUACAGCAUGGACGUUGGUUAUGUCCACACCCAGGACCAGCAAGGAGGGUAUGUCAUGUAUGAUGAAGCCCUGAAUGAUCUGAAGGAACUAGAGACAGAACUGCUGCUUGUGGCCAGCCAUUACACUGAGAAAGAAAAAGGUCACAAAGAGGGCAGUAAGUCAAAUAUUGACCAGGACUGGGGAUGGGCCCAUGCAGGUAUGGACAGAUUUGCUGCGCUAUAUGACAUGUGGACUUGGGAAGCAACUCUUCUAGAAAACAAGCGCCAACUUCUUGGCAAUUACUCUGAAGCCUACCAGCAUGCGUUGGACCCAGAAGAGAGGUUUGCCUUAGCACAAGUGAUCACUGACGUCAUACACAGGUGCCCAAGGUUUGAUCUCAGCUACCCUUACUUCAUUAAGGCAUACCGAGAGGAAUGCACCUGCCUGAGGCUUCACCUGCAGCUGGUGAGGGGCAUCCUCAUGUGAAUAGAGUGUCAGUGGGAGUCUGUCCAGAGGAUUUGGCGUGAAGGCCAUCCAGAUGCUAGCAAUACAGUUGGACUCCCCCUUAACAUGAUUUGCAAAUAACUCAUUUCCAUCAACAAUAGUUGCCUAGCUUUGACAAACAUUUACCUGCUGGAGUUCCACCCUUCCCUGGGCCUGGCUUUGCUCAUCCCCAAGGCCCUUGAGCACCUCCUCAGGGAGGCCUGCCACACCUGCAGUCCCACAUCAGCCAGUGCCCUCACCUUGCUAGAGAGACGCAUGCUGCGACUGGCCCUGGAUGUGUGGCUCACUCCAGCCAAGCCCAAGUUCUGGUACAGCGCACAGCUCCAGAGAGACCUGUUUUCAGCUAAAGUGAUGGGUGAUCCCUUCCUCGUGGGGGAGAUAGGCCUGCUUGCAUUCAAAUCUGCAGCAGACGAAGGACAGAACCAAGGCCAAGAUUCUCAUAUGCUGCUCCUACGGACAUUUUCCAAACUUUUGGAACUCUUGACCCUCUGGCACAGGCUGAUAGAGAUGAGUCUGGAGAGUGUACACUUAGCACGUCUCUAUAAGGACUUGGCGUGUGAGAUGGGUUUUGAAGAGUUCCAUUUGUAUCUGAGGCCUGUUCACUUUGAAUUUGCAUCACACGAGGACAAGGUGGUCCAUCCACCUCCUGGCUUUAUAAUCUCUCUGCUGGAGGACAGUGACUGCGUAGAUAGGGCUCUGGAAGCUUUCGUGUCUAUUCAACUAGAAAAGGUGGGGCUGCGGGACAUGAUGCUGAAUACCUUCCUCCUCAGGAAACAAGCCAUGGCUGACAGAAUGAAGAACCUCGCUUUGUCCAUACCUGUGACUGAAAAGGAAGGACUUCAAUUCACCUAAUCAAGUUCUACAAAUUGGAAAUGAUGGAGGCUAGACCUUCUAGAUUACUGCUGAGCAAUAAUGGAGGCAAAGGACUCCUUUUGGAUGAAAUUGGAAAAGUCAAGAGAGACGUUAUAGUUGAAUAUUGCCAGAAAGGAAGCAGUAUCAAAAGUGAUGGCUAAGAGGCACUUGGAAGAGAUCCAUGUCUCUGCCUUCAGACAAUAGCAACCUGACCAAGACAGAAGUUUCUUCUUGACAGAGGUCCUCUUUCUCUUCGAAAAGUCUCCAGGGACUUAUAUCCUGGAACUUCCUUGAGAGAUGGAACAACUUGGGUUCACCUCUGCACAUCAUCUCUUCUUCUGACUUUUUAGAUUCAACUGCCACAUGUCUCACUAUGCUCUUCGGGGGCAGAUCACGGCAUACUGCAACAGCCUGAGAGCACUGCUGGACGAUUUCCCAACCAUCAGAGAUACCUUUUUUGUGGUGGGACAGCCACAAGAAAAGAAGGGGUCGAGGGACUCCAAGGAGGGCUUCAAGACUGACCCCAGGUGCAGAAUUUUCUUUAGAGCUUGUUAUUCCCCCUCCCUAUCCCACUUCUCCUAGGAGAGAGGUUUGUUAAGUUUGGUAUGGAAAUCUUGCUCCCUUUAACAUAUUUAACCUUGAUCUUCUGGUCCAGAAGGGGAAAAGACAGAGCUAACACUCCAAGAAUAAGUGUAUCUUUGUAUUUGAACGCAAAAGGAGUUCUUUGUUUAUGGGCUGUUUGACUGCUUUUUCAAUCUAUGAAGUUUCGUUUACUCCUGGAGUACACAGAGAUUUUCAUCAGUCACACCCUUU